AUGCGCCGUCUGAGAAGGACCACUGCUCUGCGUGUGAGGCGCCUGGCAGCGUGCAGGGAGGAUCUUGGCCACAGGAUUGAAGAACAAAAACUUGUGGAUGAACUUUCUAACCUGAAGAAGAAUCAGAAGGCAUAUCGGCAACAGCAGAACAGCAACAUAUUCUUUCUUGCAGAUGGAAUGGAAAUGCUUUCUGAAAGCGGAAAUAUCUUAGAUAAGCUAAGAAAAAAAAAAAAAGAAUAUCAAGAAGUCGAAAAUUUAGAGAAGGUGAAAAUCAAGAAGUAAUCAUCCUGAUUUCACAUAGCCAUGUGUGGCAUUUUGUUUUGUGAGAUUUUUCCGUGGAGGGGUUCAGUAAUGAAAUAAAGGAAGACUUACUGUGCAGUCUUAAACGACAGGGCC